UAAGAAUGUUUGAAUUAAAUUGUAUUUUCACAUUCUGCAAACCAAAAUUAUGUUAAUCGUCCAAUUUAAAAUUAUUUUUGUUAAAUAAAAUGCACUACAUAUAAAUUGUUACUGUGUUUAAUAAUAAUAGCUGUGCAAACAGUCAACAUAUGUAUAAAAUCAAGAUUUCCACUAUUUCAAGACUUCCUACAACCAAAUACAACUCUGGCUGAAAAUAUUUUCAUUCUUUUGACAAUUAAAGAUCAGCAAACAGUGCAAUAAGAGUAAAGAAAUUCCGUUGGUGUUUAUUUGUGUGAGCGACUACAAAGAGAGGUAAACGCAGGAAUAACAAUUUUCUUGCAUUACACACGAAUAUGAGCAAAAGGAUGUAUUCUACAGCCAAUCUGACCGACAUCCAGCUAAAGGAGCAGGGCAAUCAAAUGUUUUUGGCACGUAAAUACGACGAUGCUAUUAAUCUAUAUACUAAAGCCAUAAUUAAAAAUCCAAACAAUGCCACUUGCUUUACAAACCGCGCACUCUGUCACCUUAAACUAAAGCAUUGGGACAUGUCGUGCAUGGACUGUCGUCGUGCUUUGGAUAUUGAUGGUAAUUUACUAAAGGCUCAUUUCUUUCUCGGCCAAAGUUUAAUGGAACAAGAACAUUAUGAUGAAGCAAUUAAACAUUUGCAGCGCGCUUUUGAUUUGUCUAAGGAACAGAAGCUGAAGUUUGGAGAUGAUAUAACAUCACAAUUGCGUUUAGCACGUAAGAAACGUUGGAAUGUCUUGGAAGAAAAGCGAAUUUGCCAGGAGAUUGAGUUGCAAACAUAUAUAAAUAAGCUAAUAAAAGACGAUAUGGAGAACCGCUUAGCAAAGUUAAAAAUUGAUGAUACAACCUCCGAAGACCAACUGAAAGAGAAACAGCAAGAAAUUGAACAGGAAUGCGAUGACCAUAUCAAGGAGCUCAAUAAUGUUUUUGCAAAAGUUGACGAUAGGAGACGUAAACGUGAUGUUCCUGAUUUUUUGUGUGGCAAAAUUAGUUUUGAGAUUCUUACUGAUCCUGUGAUAACGCCAUCAGGCAUAACUUAUGAGCGCAAAGAUAUCGAGGAACAUCUACAACGCGUUGGACAUUUCGACCCAGUUACACGCGUUAAGCUAACACAAGAUCAAUUGAUACCGAAUUUUUCCAUGAAAGAAGUUGUUGAUGGUUUUAUUGCUGAUAAUGAGUGGGCCUUACAUUAUUAAACAUUUAAAAUAUCGUUAAUUAAAGCUAUUUAUUUAUCGUUUGUACUUUUAACAUUUGUAUAUUUUACAUAAAAUUAUGUUCCAGAACUCCCACAAAAAAUCACUAAAAUAUGAAAAUGAAGAUAUGUCCUAUUUAUAUGCUGACUUGUUUAGUACAACUAUCAAAAAAUUAAUACAUUUUCCUAAUAAAAAAUAAAAUAAUUAGGUUAACAAAUUUCCAUGUAAAUAUAAAUUGAAUCAUAUGCAAUUAAGUAGGUCUGUCUAUAUUACACAGAAAACGGUUUAGUUUAAAUGUUAAAUUUGAGAUGCUUUAUUUCGCUCAACUCAAUGAUUCAAUCUCGAAAUUUUGGAAAAGUGUUAUUUGAAACCAUCUUAAAAUCGUGAUCAGAGCUGAAAAAAGUAUCAUUGAUUUGAGCAUUUUGUUAAUUAAUUUUAUAUUGCACUAGUAACCUUAAAAUUUAUAAACACGGCCAAAAUACGGUUAUGAUUAUGCGAAUCGCGACGUUAAAAAAUUGAUAUCAUUUUAAAAAAUGGUAAAAAAU